UUAGAUAAUUCGUGUUUGACGCUAGUGAGAUAACUAGUGAUAGCUCUGUCAAAAAGUAGUUGUAAUUUUAUGCUCAUAUUGAAAUGUAUAUUUGCUUUUCUUUUUAAUAUUUUAUCUAAAAAUCAUGACUGUAAUAAAGGAAAUAUGAAAGUUUUUAAAUAUAUAUUAAGUGGAGGUAGAAAUACAAAAAGUAAAAUAAAAAAUAAAUAGAUACUCAUGGUUCAUUGUAUCUGUAUUUAACAAAUUAUAUACCAAGUGCCAUAUAAUCUGCAAUUUAUAUUUAUAACAAAUACCAUGGCUUCAUCAGAGCAAUUGGGUAUUAUUCAAUCCAAAUUCAUUUCUGGUGAAAUAGUAGUGAUUGCGAUGGAAGCAUCUUUAAUGCAAGGAUGGGUAAAAGCGACACGUGUAAUAGCUUUAGUUAAUAAAGGAGCAACAUAUGCUCUAGUAGUAUUUCUUAUAUCUAGAACACCUCCGCAAGUAUAUAGCGAUUUAACUAUAGAAAGAGUACUACCUAUUGAUCAAGAUUUUAAGUGUGAUAUAGAUACUGGUGGAAAGCAACAAGAAGGUUUAUAUGUAUAUUUGAACAUAGCAUUCAGAAAGCUUCGUUUGAUAUUCGAAAUGAAACGUGGUACAUCAACAAGUUCUUUAGUUUCUGAAAUAUUUCGUGCUAUAGAAGUUUACCAAAAAUCAAAAAUUUCACCAGCAGAAUACUUAUGGAUAAAAAAAUUAACAGGAUAUAUGAGUAAUUUAGAUAGUACUAGUAAUGAAACUCAAAAUAUGAUUGAUCCUCUUGUAGAAUUAGAAAGUCCUGAUUUAGUUGUAUCCAGACAAACCAUAGCAUCUGGAAAGUCACCAGUUGCUGCACGGGAAUCUGUAGUGCGUUAUCAGAUGGCAUGUAAAGAAGAUGAUUAUACAUACAGCAAGACUUUUCGUAUAUUUAUAGGAACAUGGAAUGUGAAUGGACAACCACCUAAUGGAAUCAAAUUAGAAGAGUGGUUAAGUAGUGAUCAAGUACCUCCUGAUGUAUAUGCUAUUGGAUUUCAAGAAUUAGAUUUAAGUAAAGAAGCAUUCUUAUUUAAUGAUACACCACGAGAAGAAGAAUGGAGAAUAGUUGUAACAAAAUCUCUUCAUCCUAAAGGUACUUAUUGUCCAGUAGCUGUUGUAAGACUAGUAGGCAUGAUGUUGCUUGUAUUUGCUCAAAAAGUACAUAUGCCAUAUAUACAAAACGUUUGUACUGACACAGUGGGUACAGGAAUUAUGGGUAAACUGGGAAACAAAGGUGGUGUAGCAGUAAGCUGUUCAAUUCAUAAUACAUCUAUUUGCUUUGUUAAUGCACAUUUAGCAGCUCAUUGCGAAGAAUAUGAACGACGAAAUCAAGAUUAUGCAGAUAUAUGUGCAAGGCUCUCUUUUUCAAAAUAUGUGCCACCUAAAAGCUUUAAAGAACAUGAUCAAAUUUAUUGGUUGGGAGAUCUUAAUUAUCGGAUAACAGAAAUGGAUGCAACAAUAGCCAAGCACUAUAUUCUUAUUGGAUAUUAUGCUCCUAUUUUAGCAUUAGAUCAAUUAGGCCAACAAAGACGACUAGGUCGUGUAUUUCAAGAAUUUCAAGAAGCUGAAAUAAAAUUUAAACCGACAUAUAAGUAUGAUCCGGGUACUGACAAUUGGGAUUCCAGUGAAAAAGGUAGAGCACCAGCUUGGUGUGAUCGAAUUUUAUGGAAGGGUGAAGCUAUCACGUCACUAGAAUAUAGAAGUCAUCCUGAAUUAAAAAUAUCUGAUCAUAAACCAGUCAGUGCUGUUUUUGAUUCUCAAAUCAGAAUUAUUGAUGUGGUAAAAUAUCGUAAGACCCAUGAAGAAGUUAUGAAGAAAUUAGAUAAACUAGAAAAUGAAUUUUUACCUCAAGUAAUGGUUGAUACAACUGAAGUGAUUUUCGAUACUUUAAAGUUUCUUGAGCCUAGUAGUAAGGAUCUCAUUAUAGCUAAUACAGGACAAGUGCCAGUUCAAUUUGAAUUCAUAAAAAAAUUAGAUGAUACCAGUUAUUGUAAAGACUGGUUGCAUAUAGAACCCUAUACAGGUUUUAUAAAACCAGGUGAAAAAUGUGAUAUUAAACUAGAAAUAUAUGUUGAUAAGAAGUCAGCAUGCAAACUAAAUUCUGGAGAGGACAAAUUAUAUGAUAUAUUAGUUUUACAUCUUGAAGGAGGCAAGGAUAUUUUUAUAACAGUUACAGGUACUUAUGAGAGAAGUUGUUUUGGAUCAUCAAUGGAAGCAUUAGUUCACAUUCCAAUACCAAUAGGAGAAGUUACAGCCGGUCGAUUGGUAGAAUUAGAAAAUAAUAAAAAUUUAUCACUAGAACCGUAUGCAAUACCAAAAGAAAUAUUUCAAUUAGUUGAUAUACUAUAUCGUCAUGGUAUAAAAACUCCUGGUCUUUUUGAAACACCUGGUCUUCAUAGUGAAAUUAUUGCCAUAAGAGAUUGGUUGGAUAAUGGAAGUCAAGAAUCUAUGCCUGGUAGCGUACAUUCUGUAGCAGAGGCAUUACUUUUGCUACUGGAAUCGACAGCAGAGCCUUUGAUACCAUAUAAUCUGCAUAGUGUUUGUUUAACAGCAGCAACGAGCUAUUUACAAUGCAAACAAAUUGUUAUGCAACUUUCUGAAACCAGGAGAAGUGUGUUUUUGUAUAUUAUUUUUUUCUUACAAGAACUUCUAAACCAUACUCAAGACAAUGAAUUGGAUGCCAAAACUCUUGCAACUUUGUUUGGAUCAAUCUUUUUACGAGAUCCACCAAGAAGCAGAGAAGACCGGCUACAAAGAAGUCGUGCAACACAAGCUACAUUCGAUAGGAAAAAAGCUGCAUUUGUCUAUCAUUUUCUAGUGAAUGAUCAAAGUGACAUCGUUCUUGGCCGAUAGUAAAAAAUUAUUUACAUAGCGUACAUUAAUAUGCUUUAUAUGGAUCACUACAAUGUUUUUGCUUAUUAAUAUUUUAUAUAUUUAUAACAUAAAUUAUGUAUAGAAUUAAGGACGGAUAGAUGAUCUAGAAAUGACCAGAAAGUAUUAUUUUUUACUUUACAAUUUUAAAUGUUUUGGCAAUAUUAUGAGUAUUCAAUAGGUUUUUCUUCACGAAGUUCUUGUGAGAUUUAGAUUAUUGUACUACGAUAGCUUAAUCCACUUUCCACGUGCUUAUUUGUUUAGUAAACACGUUAAACAAUAUUAGUUUUAGUACAUACCUAUACAUAAAUAUUGUAUGCCUAGUAUGUACUCAAUUAUCUAGUCACUAUAAUUUAUAAUAAACUUUAUAUUAAAAUAUA